AUGGGUCUCGUUCGCUCCAUCGUCCGGCCUGCUGAGAAGAGUCUGCGCGCUAAGCAGGUCGAGCAGAGGAUAUUCUGGCAGAAACCCAGCACCAUCCCCACCUACGUCCGCGGCAAGGGUGACUCUCUCUUCUUCGGCAUCACGGCAUCUGUGAUCACUGUCGGAUUCGCACACUCGUUGUACGAGGCGAACGACCUCAUCAAGGGCAAACAAUAA